AUAUGCUGCUGUCAAAAGUGUUCACAAGUUUUCGCGCUGAUGAUUGUUUGAAUGAAAUUAUCCAAGUAAAUAGUAGACAAUUGUAUGUGCAGUGCUUACUCUUUACAACCAGUAGUUUGAUUGCUUGUAAUGGAUGCAACUAUGGAACGAACCUGUCAGGAGGACAUAAGUCAUACGGUGCUGGAUGCUCGGCAGAAGAUGUCUGUCCGAAGUUUGUCCAACAACUAUGGCCUGCCGUUUGCGGAGGCUGUUAAAGUACUUCAACAAUGGAUCGACAAAAAUUCCGCUAAGGCAACGUUGAUUAAGGAGUUUAUUGUUCGAGGAAUCUCCUCCCAACACGGAGCUUUUAUAACUGUGGCCAAUGAACAAAAAUUAAAAACCAUUCAGUCUAAAACGAAGCAGUUUAGCAGUUUCCUUUAUUCAGUUGAAGUUGCUGCGGAGUCUUCCAGAAGUUUGGCGAUCCCAGAAGAUAGGAAGAUCAAAAUGAUCAACCUUCCUUUGCAAGCGGGUAAACGAGACAUACAAGUAUUCAAACCAGCUGACCCUUUACCGGCAGUUGUGAAGCAAGAACCUAAUUCAAAAAUUCCUUCUAUGUUCAACGCUGGGUCUUCCAAAGCAGUCGUUAAACCGGAACCGGUAAAAGAGGAGAAACAAAGUCCAAAAGAGGUUGUAAAACAGGAAUCACCAGCUGGAAGUUCACUGAAAAAAUCCCCAGUUAAAACUUCUCCAAGCAAGAAAAAAGACGCUAAAAAAACAAUUUCCGGGAAAGGUUCGAUAGCAUCAUUUUUCAACAAUAAACCGGCGGCAGCGAAAACCGCUUCAACUGUCGGAACACCGGUUAAGCAGGAAAAACCAACACCGGUAAAGGAAGAACCGAAACAAGAGACAAAAACUAACGGCAAACAAGCGGAUGGUUCACAGCGCUGGAAGCGAAUGAUUUCCGAUGAAUCGGAUAACGAUGAUGUGAUUCCGAAUACGCCCCAAGAUAAGGAGACUAAGAAGGCUGCAGGUAAAAAGCUUGUUACCAGGAAGAAAGUUACUAAACCGAACAAGGAAAAUCCGAAUAAAAAAUCUAGAAUCAUGCAAAUCGAAGAUUCCAGUGAUGAUGAGGAAGAUGAGAAACAACCGAAGGAACCGGAAGAGCGAGAGAUUCAAUUCGAUGCCGAAGAGUCGAAUGAUGUUGAAAUAGUACAAACUGAAAAGCCGGAAAAGGAGGACAGUCCGAAACAGACAGUGCAGAAUGGUACGACCGAUCGGAAAAAAGCUAUGGUCAAGAAACUGGUGACAAAAACCUUCCAGGACGAGGAAGGUUAUUUCGUUACAAUGAAAGAGUAUGAAAUGGUUGAGGAAGAUGAAGCUGAUGCAGAUACUGGUAAUAACAACAAUCAUGAUGCAAGCGAGGAGAAAAACACACCAAACGGAGAUGUUGUUAAAGGUAAGAAAAGCGAUAAGGCGGUAGACAAAAAAUCCAGCAAGGUAACGACUCCAACGUCUAAAACGAAGCAAGGGUCGAUAACGAGUUUCUUCUCGAGAAAAUAGGUUUAUUAUCGCUAGUUUUAUUCUGGUUUUGAUGCCAAUAAAAGCGUUCUAGUUUGUUAAGUUAAAUGUUUCUCAUUAAAUGUAGGAAUUUAGGUUAAUGUUGCAAAACAAUAAAGAAAAAGUGUUGUUAAAAUAUUACA